GAAAUCAGCAAAGGGUUGAGGAAAUCACCAGGAAUUCCGCCAAGCAUGACAACUAUUGAGAGCACCUCCGAAUUAGAAUGAACAUCGAGUCCUUUCAAGCGCUUUGCGUUUUCUUUCACCAUUUAUGACAAAAAGAAACACUCGCUUUUGAGCAGCGGUACCGAUAGUGAAACGUGUAGCAAUUAGAUUGUGGCGCCUAGGGACUGGGGAAAGCCAUCUUUUACGUUUUGAAAACACACUGCGCGUAACAUUGUGAUCACGAAAUUAUUCAUUCAUCGGCAUAUCGUGUCAUUUUUGCCAACUGCCGCUUUUUUUUUAACGUACCCUUGUGUUCUUUGUAGAGGUCGAUUAAAAUUUCCCCUUCUGCACUCGUCCAAGGGCUUCGCUGACUCUUGGCGGUGCAGGAUUUGAUGAGCUGUCGCUCGUUUCACAGCAGCUUGCGGUGAAUUACGUGAAUAGGAAUACACUUCCUGUUAAGGCCAUGGUUCAAAACUUGACCAUCCUCAUCUUUCAAUUACUGCGCAGAUUUGAUUUUCUGCUUAUAUGUUUUUUUCUUUCUUUCUUUUUUUAUUUUGCAGAAUGUGCUGGGCCACUGGGAAUGGAGAACCGGUCAAUUCCCGAUUACGCCAUCACAGCCUCAUCUGAGUGGGAUGGAAAUCAUGGACCCACCAAUGCGAGGCUGAAUUUUACUGCAGGUGGCGGAAAGACGGGCGCAUGGUCGUCUAAGACAAAUGACAAAUCACAAUGGAUUCAGGUGGAUCUUCGAGAAAAUUUCCAAGUGACCAAGAUAUGUACACAAGGUAGACAAGAUUCUGCUCAGUGGGUGACCCACUACAAGGUGUUCUACAGUACAGACGGAAAGAUUUUUACUUCCAACGACGAGGUAGGUAGAUGCAAAAGACGCAAAAUUAUGUUCUACUACGUACGCUGUGUGACUCUGGAAAUUACAGGCAAUGAUUUUUUGUUUUCCUUGCAUUAUUUCACAAUUAUGUACGUUCUUCCAACCGUGUAUGAUGCUAACAAGGAUCAAAAUACCGUCGUAGUUAAUACUUUAGAAGCACCCAUUAAAGCGCGCUUCAUCCGUCUUGAGCCUCAAGGCUGGUACGGUCACAUUUCGAUGAGAAUGGAGCUCUAUGGAUGCAGUUUGAAAUCAGGUAUUUAUGGUUUAGCGUCUAUUACGAUUUUAUUAGGCUUUCUCAAGUUCUUUAAUAAGCCAUCGAGUUUAAACCAAGAAAACCAUGAUCGUGAUGGUGUCUGUAUGUCUGAACUCUGAUCUUAAUUAACAUCUAGGUUUUUAAGAUUUUAUUUUUUCGUCUUCUCCUUAG